AUGAGCGAUCACAGUUCCAGCAAGUUCCUCCUCACACACUCGAUUCAGGGAAGCGAUCAAAAGCGAAUCCCUCCUCGCCCUACACACGAAGCCACAUUUCGAUUGAUUCGAACAAAUUCUUCUAUCAAGGUACGCCCAAACACGAUCGCUGCAAAUAUGGUAUCAGCCUGGAAGAAGGUCAAGCAGAGGUUGUUCGAGUUCGCUAACCCUGAUGCCACAGAGAUCAGAAGUCGGCCCAAUCCAUAUGCAAACCCUGCAGCACAAGACUCCAAACGCAAGUCCAAGUAUGUCGCCGUUUGGGAUGAUCAGCCGAAGUCAAAGCCGAAGCGACGAGGUACCAGUCCGCACAACUCGAGACCACCUGUGUCUUACGUAGCGCGUACCCCUGCUCCUAGGCCCACGACUGCAGAUGGUAGAGUGUCUUCCAGAUCAGCAUACUCCACCAGACCUGUAACUCCAUCUCAAUUGCCGCCGCAGCCAAAUCGACCAUUGUACUCUCGACCAUCGACGAGCAACGGUGUGUCGAGAACAGGCAGUCGUCGCCGGGAACAGCCUCAGUAUCGCGACGUAUCAGCAUACUCCACCAGACCUGUAGCUCCAUCGCAAUUGCCGCCACAGCCACAUCGACCAAUGUCCUCCCGACCAUCGACGAGCAACAACGGAGCCUCGAGAACAGGCCGUCGUCCCUGGGAUCAGCCUCCAUAUCGCCCUCAAUAUCGCGACGUAGCAGACCUGCGGGAGGCUAGCAGACGGGCCUUGCUUGUAAAGAACCAGGAGAGCUGGUUCGACGACAGCUCUUCCAUCUCCUCGGGCUUCACGCCAAAUCGACAAUAUUCGUAUGGCCAACAAGAGCGAUGGCCGCCACGGAACUCUUCCAGGAAUUGGCAUAUGACUCUUUUGCCUUUUUGUUGA